UUAUCGCAUGUCAAAGGUCAAGCACUAUAGUUUCACGCUACAAAGCGAAAAGCAGUCUGUAGCAGACAUCAUGGAGGAAAAUAAAGAGGGCGAUGAAGAUCAUUUUAGAUUUAUCAAUGAAAAAGGGGUCGAUGAUAUCUCUUUGGAAGUAUUUUAUAAACCUCAUACAAUCACUUUGUUGACUGUAUCGAUCUGCGGUCUCCUGUAUUUUGCAUUUACAAGAGAUGAUCACGUACAAGAAGCAAACAUUUGGCGGGGAUUUUGUUGCGUUAUAUUCUUCUUUCUGGUGAUCAGUGUUUUAGCCUUCCCCAAUGGCCCUUUCACAAGACCUCAUCCUGCACUUUGGAGAAUGGUCUUUGGUCUCAGCGUGGUCUACUUUAUGCUACUGUUAUUUAUUCUGUUCCAAAAUAGACGAGACGUGAGGAAGAUGAUAGAAUGGUUAUACCCAGACCUUCGAAAUCAUACACUCAGAGAAAAGGAGUAUGCAGUAAACUGUACAGAUAUCACACUGACCCGUCUGUGGGGUCAUAUAGACGUGUUUGCGUUCGCACAUUUCACAGGCUGGGCACUGAAAGCACUACUAAUAAGGCAUUAUGGGAUACUGUGGACUAUCAGCAUUAUGUGGGAAAUCACAGAGAUUGUUUUCAUGCAUCUGUUGCCAAACUUUGCGGAGUGUUGGUGGGAUUCCCUCAUACUGGAUGUACUGGUAUGUAAUGGUCUGGGUAUAUGGAUUGGUAUGGUGUUGUGUAGAGCUCUGGAGAUGAGGAACUACCACUGGGAGAGUAUAAAAGAUAUUCAUUCGACAACGGGUAAAAUUCGACGAGCUGUGUUACAGUUCACGCCAGCUACGUGGACACAUGUACGAUGGUUAGACCCUAACUCAGGAUAUAUGAGAUUUGUGGCGGUAACAAUAUUGAUCGUGGUAUGGCAGCUUGCAGAAUUGAACACAUUUUUCCUGAAGCAUAUAUUUGAGAUACCACCUCCUCAUGCACUAAACUGGAUCAGACUGGCUCUCAUUAGCAGUGUAUCUGCACCAACUAUAAGACAGUUUUAUGUGUAUGUAACAGAUACGAGAUGUAAACGAGUGGGAACACAAUGCUGGAUGUUCUGCGCUAUCACAUUUACAGAAGCCAUCAUCUGUUUGAAGUUUGGAAUGGAGCUUUUCCAGCAGACAGAAAUUACAUAUGUUUUAACAUGGCUGAUUAUUCAGACAUUAAGCAGCUGCCUAUGUGUAUAUUUGUGUGUGGUUUAUGCCAGAAAAUGUUGGAAGGGAAUAAUUAAGAAGACGAAGAUAUUUGACGAUGCCAGUGACAAAUGUGAAUACGAGUCUUCAGAACCCUCCACACCAGUUCGGCAAGUGAAAAAUGGUACCCAGCUCAAAGCCUCUCCAAAAAUAAAUACAGGGAACCAGUUUAGCUCCCUGAAGGGAUCUCCAAAGUAUAAUCUCCGUAAACGUGAGAAAAGUACAGUCAAUGGACAUAUAUAACACACAAAGCAAAUCUAACGGAGGAUAUUUGCCAACUGAUCUGUUUUUAAAGUAUCUCAGUGAAUGAUGUUGAAAUCUCAAUGUUAGAAAUAAGGCUUCUUCUGAUUGGCUAAUUAUUUUGAAAUUGACCAAUGGUAGAGUUGUUCUUUGUCAGACUGGUUUUCUUUAUCAAAACUUGAAAAUCUUAUUUUUCAUUGCUGAUAUGAGAAUAACAUUUGGAACCAUUCUAUGACUAGCUUUUGAUUGGUCAGUUUUUGAACUGAAUGAAAUAAUUGAUCAUUCAUGUGCUUGAAUGUGAGGACUGAUGUGUACUGGUAAUUUAAAAGUGCAACUUUGAAGAUAUUUCAUUUGUUAUGAACUUUUGCACAGUUGGUCUACUUUAUUCCAACUUAAGUUUGUGUCUGAUUUGAAAAUGCCUAAUAUUAGAAAAUAGCAUUGUUAUGGAUUGUCUUAACAACUUUAUAGACAACAAAAUUUUACAAUUUAUAAGAACACAUGUAUAUUUAUAUGUAGAUAUUCUAGACAUUAUGAUGUGUGGAUUUUAUAUUUUAUUGAUUCUUGUGAGUUGUUUUAUCACUGGUAGGGUUCGUACAGUCUUUAAAAGUGCUUAAAUUUCAGUCAUUUUCAUAAAAAGUGCUUAAAAAAGUGCUGAAAAGUCCUUGAAUUUGAUUACUGCCUUUAAAAGUGCUUAAAUUUGCUGCAAAUGUGCUUGAAAAUGGUUGAAUGACAUAGCGUAAGUUAAAUUAAUCAGUAAAUUCAACAGUAAACAAAAGAGCCCCCCCCCC